AUGUUCUCGAAAUCUUUGAUCGAAGAGGAUUAUCCGUCCAAUCAAUUUGGUGUUUAUCAAGACCAUGAUCCGACGAUGUCCGAAAUACCGUAUCAAGUCGGCACGUUUCGUAUGCUCAACCAUGUCCGUCAUUCCGAGGACAGUGUCAAGUUGGGUCGUCAGUUGGAGGGUCUUCGUUCCCGUCUUGCUCUGGAUGCGAAUGACGUCAUCAAUGGAGUUCAAGUUAUUGUAAGCGACAUUACAGUAAUUCCAUGGCGAUAGAAUUCAACAUUUAAAUCAAAAUAAUUUUUUACAGGCCGAACAAGAGAUUGCAACCGAUAUAACUUCAUUUUUACCGAGUUUCGUCAAGAAAGUUAAAGUUGAGGAACUCAAGAACAUGACCCCUCUCAAGUUGGUCAAGCGAAAGAUUUAUUUCUGGGAGAGAUACCAAUGCGGCCUCAACACCGAACCCCUCUAUGUUCUACAGUAUCCUCAAGUAAUCGUUUUCUAUUUGUAUGGCCACUUUUCUUUAUCACGCAAUUAACGACAUCAUUGUAGGGAUUGUGUUCGGACUUUACUGCCAAGAAAUUGGAUUUGGACUUGGCCAAGAUUUUUAAUCACGAAAUGGUCAGAGAAAGACCAGGAUGUUUUGAGGGUGUCCCUGUGCACAUCAAGGUGUCGACCAAUAAGGAAUUGAUCGACCAAUUGCUGAAGAAUGGACAUCGAUUUGAUAAUGAAGAACAGAAAGAAAAGGGAAAAGAAAAGACGGAAAAUAAAGAUGAGAAGGAAGAAAAGAAUGGGGAAAAGAUGGAAGAAGUUGAGGAAAAGAGUAAGUUGGUUAUUUGAAUAGCAAAGUAAUGCUUGCUUUAGAUGAAGCGGAAGGCAAGACCGAAGAAAUUGAAAAGACUUCUGGAUUAAAACCCGAGCCCGAUUCUUCUGUCAACGUUAAUUGUAACAUUGAUUUCCCUCCUCUCCUCACUAACCUUGUGACCUCCUCCACUCAGCCCUCUGAAGAUGAAAGUCCCUCCUCGAGUUCUGAUGAGAUCUGUACGGCCAAGGCCCGCUCGAUUGUUUUCCUCCGCCCUCCAAUGAAACGGCCUCGUCGAUGUGCUUCAAAUAUUCAUAUUCGAGCUCUGACCCCGCCAAUGGAGCCUCAAUUUCCAAGUGAUUCCGAGAGUGACUCCGAGAAUUUCCCCAUGGCUCCGAGCGUCAAGUUUGCACGGCGAUACAACUUUUCAUCCCGCUCUGAAUGGAUUUUUAAGUUGCCGCAACCUGUAGAAGGAGGAACAGUCCCCUCUCCACUGUUUGCUCGACGAGAUCUGGGCCGUUCCUAUCGAAUGCCAGUGAUUCCUUCCACUUGGGUCAGUCACUAUCGAGCUCAGUCCGCGCCUCCGGGACCACAGAACUUGAGAUAUCAGAUGGCUCCGUCAAAUGAUGUCAAUUGGAGAAGUGACGCUAGUGAAGGAUUCCAAAGUGUUGUGAGUCGACGGCUUAAUAGAACCUCCGUCGACAGCGAUGUAAGUUGUCUAUAACAUUACGCAAUCGUUUCGUCAAUUAUCGUUUCAGAUGGGCCGUUGUUUGGCUGAAUGGCGUUAUGGAUCUGAAGAUUCGAUGUGUCCAGCCCCUCCCCCUCCCAAAUAUAUCCCUCCUGUCCCUACUUCGGUCGUUCCAACUGUUCCAAAUUCCUGGCGAGAUCCUCCGCCGAGCGACGAAAAAAACUCGGAUGAUUGGGAAGUUCAACGAAGAAAACAGAGCGGAAGGAAGUCGAUUGCACAACUUAAGCCUUAUCGAGAAUUUGGGGAUAAGUGCAAAACCGGAGGCUAUCAUGAUUCUUGGCUCCGCCCCGAUCCAAUUACCCCACCCGAGACUAAACCGAGGAAAUGGCUGGCUUUCAACAAGGCGUUGAAGGAUCUGAACGUGGUGGAGGAUUAUGUCGACAAUCCAUCGACAGUCGACAAGAAAGGAGACGUUGGGGAUGAGGACCGGGAAAGCGACGGAUUCAAUUCAAUGUUCUCCAAGAAGGGAGAUGACAAAUCUUUUACGACCUUGAGCAGUACUGUCGACUUUGACCCUUUUGGAGCUCUUCCAGGUAAUAAUUAGGCUUUUGCAGUACUAUUAUAUUUACUGUAUUAUAAUAUUUGCCGGAUUAUUUUGACUUCUUCAGAUUUUAUUUAUAUUAUCUAUGACAUUUCAGGUGACAAGGACCGGAAAAAGAACCGAAAGAAGAAGACAUUGAUCAAGAGUAUGGGUUACGAGGAUCCUUCGUCAUGCCAUCCAUCGAUUACAUCCAUUCCCAGAGCGGACUUUAGUAGAUUUGAUUCGAUUCGUCCGGCCACCAUUACUGAAGAUGUGGAAAUGAACUUCUCCAUGCCGUUUCGAGUACCCUCAUCUUUUGAUAGUACUGCUGAUUACGCUUCAAAGGUCAGCUAUGGAAGUUUUCAGUCAAUUAAUCAGCUCAACAUGGCCAAAGUCGCAUUAGUUCCACCAAAACUCGGUAAGCGAACAUGGGUAAUGUAAUUUAUAGUAUAAAUUACGAGGUUUAUUGCCCUGGUAAUGAAUGCCCUUUUAGUCCGAAAGCCUCGCCUACGAACUUCCAACUUUGAUCCAUUUUUUCAUCAAUCUGUCGAAUGGAGAGAUGAUGACGAAUCCACAAUUGGUGAUGAUAAUUAUGAGAAUGUGGUCAAUUCCCGUGGCUUCUUUUUAAAAGGAUCCCGCUUUUAUUGUGGUCGAAUGUCAGCUCCCAGGGUGACGGCAGAAGGUAGUUAUCCCAUGGUGGGAGCGGCCAAUCAUCUCUAUGGAAUGCCCGAAGAUCUCCCCACAGAACUGUCAUGUGUGACAUGUGAUAGACUACCUCCGUUGACCCAAUCUCAGAUGGAUCUGGAGGUUGAAAAGUUGAUGGAAAAGCUCAGCCUGACUCCCCCAUUGUCCGAGGAAGAGCGGGAAUACCUGGAGAAGUUGGUUCAAUUGGAUCGAGUCAUCAAAAGUAAGGGGAUUAAUGCUGAUUACGGUAUUGUAGUUCGGGUUAUGAACAACUUCUCGAAUUGUCCUUUUGGUGGGGAACAGCUGGAUGCAAUGAAUCGAAGAUUUCUGGAGGCCCUCCACAAUUACUACAUGGCUAUGGGACUGAAUCUGGGGAGAUCGGUGAGAAUAUUUAAUAUUGUACAUGCUGAUUAUGUAAAAUAUGUAAUCUCGAGGUGAAAUUUUAGCAACAGCAACCCGGAUAUCCAUGGGUCCACACCGCUUAUACUCAACACAUGAAUUUCCUAAAUGCCGGCAUCAAAUCCCUCGAGUUUUCUCCAUUAAAUCCAAGCCGCGGUGGAUGUUUGGGAAGGCCAUCUCCGGCUGAUGGAGGGCAUUCGGCUGGGAAAUGGUAAGUCAAAUUAGAUUCUCAGGAUCGAAGUAACAACCCCUCUGAUUACAGUGGCGCUCUGGACAAGAGUAAUUUUUACAUGUACUCUCCGGGCAUCGAGAUCUUUUCCCGCAAAGUAUUUGUGGGUGGCGUUCCCUCCGAUAUCGAUGAAGAAGCCCUGUUAAAUCCCUUUAGGCACUUUGGAAAACUGAGUGCCGAUUGGCCAAAUCGCACGGACUUCAAGCCCAAUAAUAAUUCCGGAAACAAGAGCCGAUCGGGUUAUGUGUUCAUCGUCUACGAGAAGGAACAGAGUGUCCAUGCGUUGAGGAAUGCCUGCAUCAUGGAAGAUGAGCAAUAUUUUAUGCAGGUCAUGAACUUGCAGCAACAACCCAAGCUGGUCCAAGUCCGCCCUUGGAUGCUGGCCGAGGCUGAUUACGUCGUCCAGCCUUUUAUGCACAUCAAUUUGAGAUCAGCCAUCUUUAUUGGAGGCGUUCCGAGACCUAUCAGGGCUGUGGAGUUGGCUCACAUGAUCGAUGAAUUGUAUGGAAAUGUGGUCAUGGCUGGCAUCGACACCGAUCUCCCAUUGAAGUAUCCGAAAGGAGCGGGAAGAGUGGUCUUCUCGGACUUUCAUUCGUACAUGAGGGCUAUCACUGAUAAAUAUGUUAGACUUCAGCAUGGAGAUAUCGAUAAAGUGGUGAGUACAGUAUGACUAGAAGGGACAAUACGUAGCUAACCAAGGGGUCGUAACGGAUUAUGAAUCAAUUUACGCGGAUUUGCAGGUGGAGAUCAAGCCUUACGUCCUGGAUGAUCAACCUUGCGACGAAUGUCGAGGUCAAUUGACUGAUGAGAAAGCUGCUCCCUUCUUCUGCCCCCAUCCAGAAUGCCUUCAAUAUUACUGUGAGAAUUGUUGGGGAGUCCUUCAUCGCAGUGACCACCGGGCCGAUCAUCGGCCUUUGAUCAAAGAAGCCUGA